AUGGUCUUAAUCUACCAGAAGACUGUUUCGGAUUUAGGAAACUGUACCUUGAAAACUGCAAAUGGAAAGAUUGUUGAUGACUUUAGCGUUUCAUUUGAAGAGAAGAAGAACUCAGUUCACUUUUCAAGAUCUCAAGAUAAAUUUUUUGCAGAAAAGUUCUUGUUAAACAUAAAUUAUACUGGUACUAUUUCAAACGAAACUAACACUGGCAUAUUUCGGACAUUCUACUACUCUGAAGAGUAUGAUGAAGUUCCAUACAUCCUUACAUAUAUGGAUCAAUCAUAUGCGAGUCUAGUGUUGCCUUAUUUUUAUCAAACAAAGUACAAGGCCACCUUUGAUAUAAUAAUUAAUCAUAGUAAAAAUUACAGGGCUCUUUCGAGUAUGCCCAUUAAAAACGUUACUUAUGAUGGUUUAACGGCUAAAACAACAUUUAUGAGGACUCCACCAAUGCCAGUAUACCAGUUAGCUUUUGUUGUUUCUAAUUUCCAAAAUAUAACUGAUGUAGUUUUAAAUUUAAGUUCCAAGAUUUAUCAAGAGCUAGAAAAAUACACAAACGUUUCGUUAGAAAUCGGAAAGUUGGAUCAAGUUAUCUUGCCGUUGUCUGAAGAAACUACAAUGCAUUAUCCGGGUUUGAUAGUUCACGGAUCAAAUGAUGUAUUAGAACCCAUUACGUCAUUAGAAUAUUUCUCAUGUGCAAAAAAUGUAGCUCAUGGAUUAGUAGAGCAUUGGUUGGGGAAUGUUGCCAUUUUGAAGUCUAAAAAGUACAUUUGGCUGGUUGAAAGCAUCGCCUCAUAUAUGGCUUAUUACUUACUAGAAAAGGUUGAGCCUCGACUUAAAGCUAUGAACCAAUUCAUCGCAGAUGAACUACCAAUAUCGAGCAUUCGUGAUUGGAAUAAAUAUAAAAUAGUACAAAAAAAGACUCCAGAGUUGAGUGAUACAUCUUAUAAAGACACAUUACAAAUUAAAGGGGCAUUCAUCGUGCGGAUGCUGCAACAUAUACUAACAGAAUCAGUAUUUCAAAAGGGAUUACAGAAUUAUUUGAAAAAAGGGUAUUAUGCGAAUGCUAAUUUAGAUAACUUCUACCAAGCUUUUCAAGAAAUUUUGAAUGAAAACAAAAGUGAUUUGAAAAUAAAACCAGUUCUGGAUUCUUGGCUUUAUUUCAAAGGCUACCCACUUGUUACUAUAAGGAGAAACUAUUCGACCAACGAGAUAACGUUACGACGAGAGAUUUUUUUUAAUUGGAAUAUUCCCAUCAACUACGCUAGUAAAGGAAACCUGAAUUUUAAUAACACAGUCAAAUUUUGGUUAACUGACAGUUCAAUGACCGUUAAUACUAACGUUAAACCUCAAGAUUGGAUAAUUAUCAAUAAACAGUUCACAAGUUUUUGUAUAGUUAAUUAUGAUAAGCACAAUUGGAAACUUAUCAUCGACUACCUAUCGUCACCCAACUGGGAGAAUGUGCAUUUAUUAAAUCGCGUUCAAUUGUUAAAAGAUGCCUUUAUAUUGGCACAAACGGAACGAUUACCCAUAAGAAUCCUAUUGCAAUUAUACAACUAUUUGAAGAAGGAAACAAAUUGUCUGGCAUGGUACCCAGGUCUACUUGUGCUGGACUGGUUGGACGUUCAACUGGCUAACACAGAACUCCACUCAUUACUUCAGAAAUAUGCUUUAAAUACUAUGCAGCUAAUGCUGGAAACGAUUGGUUUGGAGGAUAAUGAGAAAGAUGAUGCCUUCUAUGAACUGGAGAAUACCCUAAUAUGCUAUGGUCUGCAACAUACUCAAGAUUUGUAUAAAUCGUAUGAUUUUUUCUUUGAUGAGUUGGAAAUCGGUGAUGUGAACUAUAGAUUGACGGAAGUGUUGGACAUUUUGGGAUGUAUGAAAGAUGUAGACGUAUUGAAAUAUUAUCUUCUGAAAUUGAAGGUCAGUUCUUCCUAUGCCGAAAUGAAUAUUCUUCUCUUAAGUAUGCUUCGUCAGAAUAAAAUCGAUACUGUUUUUGAUUUUCUUAUCAAAGAUUUACCUUCACCUGAGUUUGAUAAGAACGUCCUUGAGUUACAAGAUGUUUUUGAAGAACUUGCGAAGAAGUUACCAACAGUCCAAACCAUUCUCGGAGAAUCCCAGUUAAUGAAGUUUUUUGGAGAUGCAAUUAACAGAGGUAUGAAAGAGUCCAAAAAAAGGGUGAAAUGGUUGAAAAAAAAUACCAAGAUUAUAAGGAAGAACAUUAAAAAGUUCCUGCGAUCAAAGUGA